AUGAUCCGGCCUGAGGUGGUUGUUGCUUUUGUCAUCCUGUCUGUUAACUGGACAGAUGUAAAAUGUGAAGAGUUGACCCAGCCAGCCACUGAGAUUCUGCAGCCAGGUCUAUAUCUGACCAUCAGGUGUCAAGUCUCUUAUUCUCUGGGCAGCUUUACAACACACUGGUUUAGAGAGGAUGCAGGGAAAGGACUGGAGUGGAUCGGUGCUGCACAAAGUGGAUAUACCUCAGUCUACAAUGAUGUGCUGAUAAACACGUUUAGCAUUACUUUACAGGAUUCCAGCAGGACCGUGAUUCUAUAUGGACAGAAUCUACAGCCUGAAGACUCUGCUCUGCAGAAGAAGAAAACCUCCUAUCAGAUCACCUUCCCCACCAACAUGUUAUCUGUAGCUCUGCUGCUGCUGCUGCUGGCUGCUGUAUCCUGUGUGAAAAGUGAACAGCUGACACAGCCAGCCUAUCUGCCUGUGCAGCCAGGUCAACGUCUGACUAUCGGCUGUCAGGUCUCUUAUUCUAUGAGCACCUUUGCAACAGUUUGGAUCAGAGCGUCAGAAGGGAAAGGACUGGAGUGGAUUGGUGCUGGACAAAGUGGACGUGCCUCAAGCUACAAUGAAAUAUUAAAAAACAAGUUUAGCAUUACUGUGCAAGAUUCCAGUAAAACAGUGACUCUGAAUGGACAGAAUCUGCAGCCUGGAGACUCUGCUGUGUAUUACUGUGCUAGAUGGGGCUACACUGUGACACAAACAAGCAGCAGAGCUGUACAAAAACCCUGAACAGGUUAUAUCAAACCGCUAGAGGAGCCCACGACAGUUUUUAAUUACAUGCAUUGGGAAAAAUAUUCUUACUUUUAUGUGUACCACCCAGAUGAAUAUCACCCGUACCUUUCUGAUGCCUUUCUCUCAGUCUGUCCUACAGAAGUUCUGGUUUCCCAUUUACCUCCUUUGUUAUGCAUGGGAUCAGACAACCUGAGGGAACGGCACAUAAAUGACUCGUCUUUCUUGUACCUAAAAACAGUUUUGCAUAUCCAUUAAUUUCUAGAAUUAAGCCAACACCUUGUGUGGUCAAUCUGUAACUUGCCAUGAGACAUUUAUCUAAAUAAUAGUGGAGUUUUUGUUUCGACUGUCUCUUGAUGCAUGCUUGG